UGUGGGGCGGAUUAGCACACAGGGCUGGUGCUGAGCGAAACUGGAGCAUCAGUCGGCACAGAAGACGAAGGAAAAUAAUAUAAAAAAAAUAAAAAAUAAAACCAGGAAGUAUCGGCUAGACGUCGCAGACCGCGACACCGUCCGCCCGCCUGUUUUGUCGCCGGACGGACAUGAUAUUUUCAGACCGGGGUGUUGUUUGAGUGACUUCUUGUUACCAUGACGACCCACGUGACCCUGGAGGAUGCUCUGUCCAACGUGGACCUGCUGGAGGAGCUGCCCCUGCCCGACCAGCAGCCGUGCAUCGAACCCCCUCCCUCCUCGAUCAUGUACCAGGCUAAUUUUGACACCAACUUUGAAGACAGGAAUGCGUUCGUGACUGGCAUCGCCCGUUACAUAGAGCAAGCCACGGUGCACUCCAGCAUGAAUGAGAUGCUGGAGGAAGGACAUGAGUAUGCUGUGAUGCUCUACACGUGGAGGAGCUGCUCCAGAGCCAUUCCUCAGGUGAAAUGCAACGAGCAGCCCAACAGAGUUGAGAUCUAUGAGAAGACUGUGGAGGUGUUGGAGCCUGAGGUGACCAAGCUCAUGAAGUUCAUGUACUUCCAGCGGAAGGCGAUCGAGCGGUUCUGCAGUGAAGUGAAGCGUCUGUGUCACGCUGAGAGGAGGAAAGACUUUGUGUCGGAGGCCUACCUGCUCACUCUGGGCAAAUUCAUCAACAUGUUCGCGGUACUGGACGAGCUGAAGAACAUGAAGUGUAGUGUGAAGAACGACCACUCUGCUUACAAACGAGCUGCUCAGUUCCUGAGGAAGAUGGCAGACCCUCAGUCCAUCCAGGAGUCCCAAAACCUCUCCAUGUUUUUAGCCAACCACAACAGGAUCACUCAGUGCCUGCACCAACAGCUGGAGGUGAUUCCAGGUUAUGAGGAGCUUUUGGCAGAUAUUGUGAACAUCUGCGUCGACUACUAUGAAAACAAAAUGUAUCUGACACCCAGUGAGAAACACAUGCUGCUUAAGGUCAUGGGCUUUGGUUUGUACCUGAUGGAUGGGAAUGUAAGUAAUAUCUACAAACUGGAUGCCAAAAAGAGAAUCAACCUGAGCAAGAUUGACAAGUUCUUCAAACUUCAAGUUGUGCCUCUGUUUGGAGACAUGCAGAUAGAGCUGUCACGUUACAUUGAAACAAGUGCUCACUAUGAAGAAAACAAAUCUAGGUGGACGUGCACCCAAAGCAGCAUCUCCCCACAGUACAACCUGUGCGAGCAGAUGAUGCAGAUCAGGGAGGACCACAUCCGUUUCAUCUCAGAGCUGGCGCGCUACAGCAACAGUGAAGUGGUGACAGGCUCGGGCCUGGACAGCCAGAAGUCAGACGAGGAGUACAGAGAGUUGUUUGACCUGGCCCUGAGGGGUCUGCAGCUGCUGUCCAAGUGGAGCACACACGUCAUGGAAGUUUAUUCUUGGAAACUGGUGCAUCCUACGGAUAAAUUCUGCAACAAGGACUGUCCAGGGACGGCAGAGGAGUACGAGCGCGCCACACGUUACAACUACACCAGUGAGGAGAAGUUUGCCCUGGUGGAGGUCAUUGCCAUGAUCAAAGGCCUGCAGGUUCUGAUGGGUCGAAUGGAGUCAGUAUUUAAUCAGGCCAUCAGGAACACGAUCUACGCAGCUCUGCAGGACUUUGCCCAGGUGACCCUUCGAGAGCCUCUGCGCCAGGCUGUACGAAAGAAGAAGAAUGUCCUCAUUAGUGUUCUCCAGGCCAUUCGAAAGACUGUCUGUGACUGGGAGGGAGGAAGAGAGCCUCCAAAUGACCCAUGUCUGAGGGGGGAAAAAGACCCAAAGGGUGGGUUUGACAUUAAGGUGCCUCGUCGAGCUGUUGGACCCUCCAGCACACAGCUGUACAUGGUGCGCACCAUGCUGGAGUCACUCAUAGCAGACAAAAGUGGGUCUAAGAAAACUCUCCGCAGCAGCCUUGAUGGACCCAUAGUAGUGGCCAUAGAAGACUUYCAUAAGCACUCUUUCUUCUUCACACACUUGCUGAACUUCAGUGAGGCCUUGCAGCAGUGCUGUGACCUGUCCCAGCUGUGGUUCAGGGAGUUCUUCCUGGAGUUGACCAUGGGCCGCAGAAUUCAGUUCCCCAUCGAGAUGUCCAUGCCUUGGAUUCUCACCGACCACAUCCUGGAGACUAAGGAGCCUUCGAUGAUGGAAUACGUGCUUUAUCCUCUAGACUUGUAUAACGACAGUGGCUAUUACGCUCUCACUAAGUUCAAAAAGCAGUUCCUGUAUGAUGAAAUCGAAGCUGAGGUAAACCUCUGCUUUGAUCAGUUUGUGUACAAGUUGGCUGAUCAGAUCUUUGCUUACUACAAAGCAAUGGCCGGAAGUGUCCUCCUAGACAAGCGCUUCAGAGCCGAGUGUAAAAACUACGGUGUUAUUAUCCCCUAUCCUCCGUCAAACCGCUACGAGACGCUGCUCAAACAAAGACACGUACAGCUGCUGGGUCGAUCAAUCGACCUGAACCGUCUGAUCACCCARAGGAUUUCUGCAGCGAUGUACAAGUCUCUGGACCACGCCAUCAGCCGCUUUGAGAGUGAGGACCUCACCUCUAUAGUGGARUUGGAGUGGCUGUUGGAGAUCAACAGACUAACCCACCGACUACUGUCCAAGCACAUGACUCUGGACAGCUUUGACGCCAUGUUUCGCGAGGCCAACCACAACGUCUCUGCUCCCUACGGACGWAUCACGCUCCACGUCUUCUGGGAGCUCAACUUUGACUUUCUCCCGAACUACUGCUACAACGGAUCCACAAACCGCUUUGUACGCACAGCUAUCCCCUUUACCCAGGAGCCUCAAAGAGAUAAGCCAGCCAACGUGCAGCCUUACUACCUGUAUGGGUCUAAGCCUCUGAACAUUGCCUACUCCCACAUAUACAGCUCCUACCGAAACUUUGUGGGCCCGCCUCACUUCAAGACCAUCUGCCGCCUCCUCGGUUACCAAGGCAUUGCUGUAGUGAUGGAAGAGUUACUUAAGAUUGUCAAGAGCCUGUUACAGGGCACCAUACUGCAGUAUGUCAAAACUCUGAUAGAAGUCAUGCCCAAGAUCUGCCGUUUACCGCGCCACGAGUAUGGCUCCCCAG